ACUGAAAUCACCAAAACCCACUUUAUAAAGCCACGUGUUGUGCCACACCAGCUCUAUCCACUGUGCCAUAUUUACCUUACCCACCCACAGAACUGCCAGUCUGGCACACUAAGUCUAUUUACUGCCCAUAGAAAUUCACACCUGCCACACUAAUCCAUUGGCCUACUGCCAGUCUUGCACACUAUAACACCAGCCAUCGUCCCCUACAGACAUGGGCAGAUACACAGGCAAGACAUGCCGGCUGAUCUUCAUGCUGGUGCUCACUGCGGCCUUCUUCGUGGCUGAGCUGGUAUCCGGUUACCUGGGUAACUCCAUCGCUCUAAUCUCAGACUCUUUCAACAUGCUGUCUGACCUGAUCUCCCUGUGUGUGGGCAUCACUGCAUCUCGCAUUGCCAGGCGCGAGAGCAGGGGGCCGAAGGCCACCUAUGGUUACUCAAGGGCUGAGGUCGUGGGGGCCCUUUGCAAUGCCGUCUUUCUAACCGCCUUGUGCUUCACUAUCCUGGUAGAUUCGGUGCUAAGACUGGCAACGCCGCAGAGGAUCGAUGAUGUGUUUCUGGUGCUGGUAGUGGGUGCUCUUGGGCUGUUGGUGAACAUUGUGGGUUUGCUGGUCUUCCAGGACUAUGGCGCACUAGUGCGCUGCUUUCGGAGGUGUAAAGGUGACCAGGAAUCGGGGGAGACCAGGAGCUCUUCAGACCCUCAGCUCACUGUCACCCCCUACCGAGCAGGCUCCCAGGGAGACGAGACCGACGAAGCAGGUGAUGCUUUAAAUGACGACGAUGAACAAGACGAUGAGGAAAUUAAGAAAGAAAUCAAGAAAGAUGCCACCUUAAACAUCAGAGGGGUCCUGCUCCAUGUGAUGGGGGAUGCCCUGGGAUCCGUGGUAGUUGUGGUAGCGGCUGUAAUAUUUUAUGUGCGUCCACUGCCUGCAACUGAACCUUGCAACUGGCAGUGCUACAUCGAUCCCAGCCUCACUUUAGUCAUGGUGGCGAUAAUUUUAUUCUCUGCCUUCCCCCUGAUUAAAGAAACAGCCACCAUUCUACUUCAGAUGGUCCCUGACGGAGUCGAUGUGGAAAAAAUCGGGCAACAAUUAACAGCUAUCCCGGAAGUGAAAAGUAUCCACGAGAUUCACAUCUGGGAACUCGCCAGUGGGAAGAAUAUUGGCACACUUCAUGUUAAGUUUCAAGAUGUCUCUGGUUACCGCAUCGCUAACCGCAACAUCCGUAAAAUCUUCCACUCCAAUGGAAUUCAUGCGGUUACCCUUCAGGCCGAAUUUAUCAAUGGACAGCAAUUCUCCUUGGCGUGCGAUGCUCCUUGCAUCUCCAAGAAGUGUGAACCCAAACUUUGCUGUACCCAGGAAUUAAUCCCAUACAGCGAAACCAACGGCAAAGCUUUGAAAAAAGGCAAAUCCUCACAAGUAUGGUACAGAAGUAAUGAUUUAAACAUAAACAUUGAGGCUGACAUGCAGUCUAAAGACGAAAAAGAAUUAAAUAUAACAGAGACUGCUAAUGGAUUUAGUAUCGAGAAUGAAGCCCUUAAUGACAAAAGCACUCAUUUAUAAAUCGUGAACAUAGUAGAAUGACUAUGGACCUUAUGUACCACAUUGGCCUUACUAAAGUAUACCAGGUUGUAUUCCUGAGAUACACAUUUUAUAAACACAUUGAAUCUGUAUAUUGCCUAUAGAAUGUGUGGUUAACCAGAGGGGUAAAGGCAUACGGGUAUUUUAGUGUUCUUUAAAUAUUAAUGCCAAAAGGCUAAUAGCGCUAUAGCUACAUGAUAUGUGCUGUUGGAUCUAGUGAAAUGUGCAGAGCAUCAUUGUCAUGUUAGCAUAAAUAAUCAUUAUAAUGAAUAAUUACAUUGCUUAAAUAAUACUCUGGAAACAUUGUAGCCUAUAUAAUAACCUCUAACUGUCCUUUGAACUGUAUACUUACGUAGAAUAUGAGUAGAAAAUAUGUUUUGGAUAGCCUGGUUAUGGUCUGAAUAAAAUAAGGCUAAGCCAGACCAAAAGAACUGAUCACACAAACUGACACUCGUGAUCACAUUAACUGACAUAGAUUUGCUCCUAAAGAAAAAAUAAAAAAACAAACAAGCAAAUUGCUCAAAAAUAAAUUAAGCUAGAAAAUCUGAAAACAUAAAUAAAAUUAUGGUAAGAAACUACUGUGAAUUUACCUGAUGAAGUAAAAAUAAAUAUUUAGAAUAUAUUAUGUAACGUACUGCACCUUCCCCAACAUUCCGUUAAACUUUAGAUUUUUUUGUUUGUCAAAUUUAGUGGGGGGUUUUUCUCGAUCUAUUUAAAAGUUCGGAUUUUUUUUCACACAAGCUGGAAAUAGUUGAAUUGGAAAAAGUUUGUUUUCAAAUUACUGUUUAAUGAAUAAACCUCUAUAGUUAUUCAUUGUUCAUUAAAGCAGGAUUUGAACAUGGCUUUAUAUAGUUUAAUAUUUAUAUAAUGGAAAAACAUUGCUAAAACAAUUUUCCUCUUUUGACGUAAAAUGUACAAUUCCAUGGCCAGUUCCCAACAAGUCGCAGCAAUUUACCGAAUGACACUGUUUGAUCCUCAGAUGUACUGUAAACGUCAGCCAGUUUUCUGCAUUUUUGAUUGAUAACUAACACAUUCCUAUUACUGCCCUUAAUUUAAAUGGGAUCAGAACAAGUUUCAGAAGUU